GUAUUUGAGAGAGCCAAAAGUACAUUUGCUAACCAUUUUCUAAUAUAAUUAUAUCGAAGUUUAUAAUUUUGUAAACCAAUUACAUGGAGCCACACUGAGAGGUCAUGCAGUUUACAUGAAGUCCAAUGCUUGACGGCAACAAUGAUGACCAAAAUUUUUUAGAACGAAGCAGCCUAUAGUAUAAACUGAAUGAAUGAAUAAUUGAAUUUGCGGUCAAGAUCCAACGAUUAAGAUUAUCAAUGCGUACUAUGCUCCCGUCCAUUUCAUAGCAUUAUUUUCCCAUUGAUCCCUUACACAGAAGGUAAAUUAAAAACAAAGGGAAAAUGUCAUCCCACCGACGCAUUUUCCACACCCUCUUCUAAAAUUUCAACUCGCAGACCCAGUCACAACGAUGCCUGUCCCUCGAAACUCCAAGGCACAGCCACCAGUUAUCACUCUAUGCUUGCGUGUGGUCCCCACUGCAUUAUUGACCAAAACAAUACCAAGUCGUCCCGCUACCGAUGACCAGGUACAAUUCAGAUAUAUAAUCCUUCACAGCUUUGCUAGUUCCUUGCUUGAAUUUCAUUUCAGUUUUGAUCACAAUUAGUCCUUUUGCCAACAAGAGAAAAUGGCUUUGGUUGGAGAGGCUUUGCUCUCCGGUUCCAUCCAGGUGCUGUGCGACAAGAUUGCCUCCGGAGAGUUCAUGGACUUCUUCCGGGCAAGAAGACUCAACCUUUCACUCGUGGACAAACUGAAGGUGACGUUGAUGACCCUCCACGCAGUCCUCAACGAUGCAGAGGAGAAGCAGAUUGUCAACCGUGCCGUCGGGAUGUGGCUUGACGAGCUCAAACAUGCUGUGUUCGAUGCCGAGGACUUGGUGGAUGAGAUUGAUACCGAAGCUUCGCGUCGCAAGCCAAAAGAUCGGACUAAGACAACCCAGGUGUGCAACAUCCUUUCUACCCCUCUUAAUCCUUUUAAUUAUAAGGGCUUGAACGGUAGAAUAGAAGAUUUGUUCAACAAGUUGGAACACCUUGCAAAACAAAAGGAUGUCCUCGGUCUUAGAGGAUGCGUUGGGGCCAAGGUUUCACAAAGAACUCCCACAACUUCUGUUGUUGAGGAAGGAUUUUGUACCUAUGGAAGGGAUGGAGAUAAAGAAAAGUUAAAAGCUCUACUGCUGCUAUCUGACAAUGAAAGUAGAAGUAAUUUUUCUGUUGUCCCUAUUUUCGGAAUGGGUGGGGUUGGUAAGACAACUCUUGCUCAACUCCUUUACAACGAUGGACAAGUUAAAGAGCAUUUCGAUACGAAUGCUUGGGUUUGUGUUUCCGAACACUAUGAGGCUUUGAGGGUGAUUAAGACCCUUAUUGAGGAAAUCACUAAAAAACCAUGUGAUAAUUUGGGUAUGAAUUCCCUUGAAGUUCAACUAAGUGAACAAUUGAUGGGAAAGAGAUUUUUACUUGUCCUGGAUGACCUUUGGAAUGAGAGCUAUGAUGAGUGGGAUCGUCUACGAACUCUUUUCACGUAUGGGGCGAAGGGAAGCAGGGUCAUUGUAACAACAAGGAGUAGGCGUGUUGCAUCCAUCGUGUGCAAUAGUAUUCCAAUUCAUGACUUGGAAAAAUUAUCAGACAAGGAUUGCUGGCUGUUACUGGAAAAACAUGCAUUUAGAAAUGAGAACCUCAGUGCUCGUCCAGAUUUGGAAGGAAUUGGUAAGCAAAUUGCAUGCAAGUGCAACGGCUUGCCUUUAGCUGCAAAAAUAGUAGGGGGUCUCUUAAGUUGCAACCUAGACUAUAGGGAAUGGAAUCACAUAUUAAAUAGCAAUUUUUGGGGUCUACCAGAUGCUAAUAGUAUUCUUCCUUCUCUAAGAUUGAGUUACCAUUAUCUUCCAUCUUACUUGAAACGAUGCUUUGCUUAUUGCUCAAUUUUUCCAAAACACUAUGAAUUUGAAAAGGAAAGUGUAAUUCUACUAUGGGUGGCAGAAGGUUUAAUUCAACAAUUAGAGAGUGAGAAUACAAUAGAGGAGAUUGGUGAAAGAUACUUUGAUGAAUUGUUAUCGCGAUCACUAUUUCAAAGACCAAGAUUGGAUCAACCAAGUUUCACUAUGCAUGAUCUCAUCAAUGACUUGGCUAUGUUUGUGUCUGGAGAGUUUUGUUUCAGGUUCGAUCAGAAAAAUUCACAUGAAGUUCCUAAAAGAGUUCGCCACUUGUCGUAUAUGAGAGGAAACUUUGAUACAUCUCUAAAAUUUGAGCCAUUAAAAGGAGUUGAAUGUUUGCGAACCUUCCUUCCAGUGUCUUUAGCACCAUACGAUAGCCGUGAUCGUGGAUAUGUAAGCAAUAAGGUUCUAGAUGAUUUACUGCCAGCACAAAAAUGUUUACGGGCUUUUUCAUUGUCAAGAUAUCAAAAUAUCAAUCACUUACCUAGUUCUAUUGGUAACCACAUCCACUUGCGCUAUGUUGAUCUCUCUUAUACGGCAAUUAAAAGGCUACCAGAUACAGUGUGUACUCUCUACAAUUUACAGACUCUGUUGUUGUUAGGUUGUUCUUCUCUUGUUGAAUUGCCUGCAGACAUGAGGAAAUUGAUUCAUUUGCGUCAUCUUGAAAUUAGUGGAACUAACAUAAAAGAGAUGCCUGUGCAUAUGGGUAGACUAAAAAGUUUGAGAACGCUGACUGUUUUUAUGUUGGGGAAAUCUGUUGGGUCAAGCAUUGCAGAAUUGAGGGAGUUGUUGCACCUUCGAGGAAAAAUUUCUAUCUUGAAUCUGCAAAAUGUAGUCGGUGUUAUUGAUGACUUGCUGAAGGAUAAGAAAGAUCUCAAUGAGGUAGAGUUGGCAUGGGGUCAUGAAGUUUCCAAUGAUUUUGUGAAAGAGAGACGUGUACUUGAAAGAUUACAACCUUCGGUAAAUUUGGCGAAACUAACCAUCAAGUUUUAUGGUGGAACCAGUUUCCCAAAUUGGGUGGGAGACUCGUCCUUCUCCAACUUACAAGUGAUGCGUCUCAGGGCUUGUAGUAAUUGUAGCUCUCUGCCACCAGUUGGUCAGCUACCUGCUCUCAAAGAGCUCUACAUACAAAGGAUGGAAUUGGUUACGAGUGUUGGUGUUGAGUUGUACGGGGGAAAUCAACCAUUUCGAUCUUUAGAGAAGCUCGAGUUCAGGGAUAUGCCAGAGUGGAAGGAAUGGCUGCCUGGUCCAGGUGGAGGUGAAAGUCCAGACUUUCCUCGGCUUAAGGAGCUGAAGUUAAUUUGGUGUCAGAAGCUGAGAGGAAACUUGCCCACUCAUCUUCCUUCCUUGAAAAUACUUGAGAUCUGGGGAUGUGAGGCUCUACAUGGAAACAGGGCCAGUAAUACCCUGAACACGGAAUCCUUACGACUAUCUCUUGAACAACUGACAAUAAGUGGAUGCCCGGGUCUCUCAUUGUCACUGCAGUCGACGGAGACGCUGCCGUCGCUUCAGAUGUUUAAUAUUUCUUGUCUUGGUGGGAGAGAAUGGUUGCCGCAAAUGGUGCACAACAGCAAUCGUCUUCAACAUUUGAGUCUUUCGAAGUGUUCCUCACUCUGUCGUUCCCUACAAAUGGUCUGCCAACCACGCUGACAUCACUCCGUAUAGAUGAUUGCAGGAAAUUAGAAUUCCUAUCACGUGAGAUGAUGGCCAAAUUGACUUCCCUUCAGACUUUGGAUCUUGUACAGAGCUGUGAUUCUCUGAGGUCGUUCCCGUUGGGCAUAUUCCCCAAACUUUCAUCCCUUUAUAUAUGGGGUUGUCAGAAUCUGGAAUCCUUUUCUGUUGAAGGAGGAGCAAAUGAAAAUCUCAGCCACUCUGACUCCCUGGCUAUUGUGACAUGCCCAAACCUUGUCUCGUUUCCCGACGGAGGAUUGCCUACUCCCAACCUGACUUACUUUUCAGUCUUGGCAUGCGAGCAUUUGAAGUUUUUGCCGGACCGAAUGCACACCCUCACCGCCCUUCAAUUUUUGUGGAUACAAAGUCUUCCAAAUCUGGUGUCAUUUGCACAAGUGGGUUUGCCUCCCAACCUGCAAACAUUUUGGAUCAUUAAUUGUGAGAGACCGAGGCCUUCAGCGGAGUGGGGAUUGCAAGGACUUGUCUCUCUCCGACGAUUUUGGAUUGAAGGAAACAAGGAUCUGUUGGAGACGUUGCUCGAGGAACAGAUGCUCCCUGCCACUCUUCACACUCUCAAAAUCUCUUCUGUAUCGAAUCUGAAAUCUUUGGACAGAAAGGGUCUUGAGCACCUCACUUCUCUUCAAGAGCUGCGAAUUUUAGGGUGCGAGAGUCUCGAAAUCCUUCCAAAAGACGGUUUUCUAGCAUCUCUUUCUUUGCUGGGCAUCUGGCAUUGUCCUUCUUUGAAGAAGAGGUACGAGAAGAAGAAAGGAAAAGAUUGGAAAAACAUAGCUCGCAUUCCUUGCAUACAGAUAGAUGAUGAAAUCACCAUAUGAGCUUUCAACUCACCUCUCCAACUGUCAACUCUCAAGACAAAGCCAGGUACAUACUACAUUGCGUUACUAUACAAGGAGGCUGACAAGGAGGCCGGUUGUUCCGCUGCAGAUUUCACCGAAGGGAUAUAUCUCCGGUUGAACGCUGAUGAUCCGUAAAUUGUCUCCCUUGGAGAAUUUCAGAUCAGGGGAAGUGAGGAUCUAUUGGAGAGAUUGCUCAAACAACAGCUGCUCUCGGAAUCCCUGACCGGAGAUGGACCUCAACAACCAAGCUCUCUUCAACAGCUAUGCAUCCGUCGAUUGUCUUGCACUCUGCCAGAAGAGGAUUUGCCGCAAUCUCUUUCAUUUCUGAGGAUCACCAAAAUGUUUGUUCUUCUCUGAACAAGAGGUGUGAAAGGAAUAUGAAUGGAAGAGAUUGAGGCAAUAUAGUUCACAUUCCUUGCAACUUUCAUUGAUACAAAUCAAAGUCGGAACUUUGAACCGCUUAUUUUUAAUUUUGUUCUUAAAAAAACUGCUUAUUCUCUACGUUCCUGCAUAAUUUCUGGUAAAUAGUGACCUGUGCUCACCAUAUUUAA